AAGAGAGAUAGUGAGAAUAUAUAUAUUCUUGUGCAAAAUAGAUUUUAUCCGCAUAUUUUGCGCCACCACAUGUGUCCCAGAUGUUGACGCUGCGGCUGACCUGGCUGGCUGAACACGACGUCAGACCGACGUGCUCUCAAGCACAGGAGACACCAGAGCUUCUCACUCUCCCUCUUCCCAUCUUUUCCACACACGCAACUCCAAAAGCGCCUCCAUAUCCUGCAAAAGAUAAACUUUACCCUUUUUUUUGUCUCCUCAAUUUUUCUCUCUAAGGCGUCAUUCAAUCCUUAUUGUGCGCUUUUUUUUUCUUCUUUUUUUUUUUUUUUUUACCACCGCUGCUGCUGUCUGCUUCAACAUCUCAUCAUCAUCAUCCAGGAGCGGACUAGAGGUGGAGGCUCAAUGAAGGCACCUUCUUUAGAAGAAGAAGAAGAUCUGGAAUUGGCGUAAAGGAACAUGACGAGUAAGCAGUAAAAAAAAAAAAAAAAGAAGAAAAGAAAAAUAGACGAGAAAUAACAACAGCAGCAGAAGAAAAGAGGCCUACAGUGACUGGAUAUGGAGUCCAUGAGAACCAGGGCCACGGCGGGGAUGAAGGACCUGGCGGGGAAGACCUUGGGUCACAUGCACAGGGUGAUGGAGAAGAAGCAAAAAGGCGGGGAAGUGAUCGAACUGACGGAGGACGGGCGGCCCCGAGAGGCCGCGGAGAAGAAGCCCCCGCUAUGCGACUGCAAGUGCUUCGGCCUGCCGCGCCGCUACAUCAUCGCCAUCAUGAGCGGCCUGGGCUUCUGCAUCUCCUUCGGCAUCAGGUGUAACCUGGGCGUGGCCAUCGUGGGCAUGGUCAACAACAGCACCAUCCACCAGAACGGGAAGAUUAUCAUUAAGGAGAAAGCCAAAUUCAACUGGGAUCCAGAGACAGUAGGGAUGAUUCAUGGAUCUUUUUUCUGGGGCUACAUUGUGACUCAAAUCCCAGGAGGGUACAUCUCCUCCAGGCUGGCUGCAAACAGGGUGUUUGGUGCAGCCAUUGUCCUAACGUCAACACUCAACAUGUUCAUUCCCUCGGCCGCUCGUGUCCAUUAUGGCUGUGUCAUUUUCGUUCGGAUAUUACAAGGGCUGGUGGAGGGCGUCACCUACCCGGCCUGUCAUGGCAUUUGGAGUAAAUGGGCUCCUCCGCUUGAAAGAAGCCGUCUGGCCACCAUUUCAUUCUGCGGCUCCUAUGCCGGUGCUGUGAUCGCAAUGCCUUUGGCUGGGAUCCUGGUUCAGUACACAGGCUGGUCCUCGGUAUUUUAUGUCUAUGGAUGCGUCGGUAUCUUUUGGUACAUGUUUUGGAUAUUAGUGUCCUAUGAGAGCCCUGCUGAACAUCCGACCAUCACUGACGAGGAGCGCUGCUACAUCGAGGAGAGCAUCGGAGAAAGCGCCAUGUUAAUGGGUCCUGCUGAGAAAUUCAAGACACCCUGGAGAAAGUUCUUCACCUCCAUGCCCGUCUAUGCAAUCAUUGUGGCCAACUUCUGCAGGAGCUGGACGUUUUACCUGCUGCUUAUCAGUCAACCCGCCUACUUUGAGGAAGUGUUUGGCUUUGAGAUCAGUAAGGUCGGCAUCCUGUCCGCGCUGCCCCAUUUGGUCAUGACCAUCAUCGUGCCCUUUGGCGGCCAGCUGGCGGACUACCUUCGCAGCCAGAACAUCCUGUCAACAACAACAGUCAGGAAAAUCAUGAACUGCGGAGGAUUUGGCAUGGAGGCCACAUUGCUGCUAGUGGUCGGAUACUCCCACAGCAAAGGGGUGGCCAUCUCCUUCCUGGUGCUGGCAGUGGGCUUCAGUGGAUUUGCUAUAUCAGGCUUCAAUGUCAAUCAUCUAGAUAUCGCUCCCCGCUAUGCCAGCAUCCUCAUGGGCAUCUCUAAUGGAGUGGGUACCCUUUCUGGCAUGGUGUGUCCUCUAAUUGUUGGUGCCAUGACGAAAAACAAGACGCGGGAAGAGUGGCAGUACGUGUUCCUAAUCGCCUCCAUGGUGCACUACGGGGGCGUGGUCUUCUACGGCAUCUUUGCGUCGGGGGAAAAACAACCAUGGGCCGACCCGGAGCUCACCAGUGAAGAGAAAUGCGGCUUCAUCGACGAGGACGAGCUGGCCGAGGAGACGGGCGACAUCACGCAGGGUUACGCCGCUCAAGGAGGCCCCGCCAAGUCGUACGGCGCCACCACGCAGGUGAACGGAGGCUGGGCGGCCAGCUGGGAGAAGACGGAGGAGUACGUGCAGGAGGAGUCCCAGGGAGGCGGCUAUGGAUACAGGCGGGAGGAGGGCUACUCGUAGACCAAAACACACAACACACACACCGAUACAUGUGUAGACGUCUUGAGUGUGUGUGUCAGUUUAGUCCAAAAUAAUAUCAUCAAAUUAGAAAUAUAAAAAAAAUAUAUAAAUCACAAUCUAUUGUUGUGUUUGCACAAGAAGUAUCAUCUUAAUGUAUAAACGAAAAAUAUACUAAACUGUAUUUGACCAAAUUGGCAGUAAAUGUAUUAUUAUGCAUAUGAUUAAUAGAUAUAACUAUUUGGAGUGAAACUGUCUUUUAAUGUGAAAAAUCCUCAUCAGCAAAGACUUCCUGUAGAACGACAGAAGCCUGUAUAGGGUUCCCGUUAUUAAUCACGUGACCCGCUUGGGGUCGGAGUACCACACACUGCAGCUCAGCACAUUUGCGUCUGUAAACGUACCACUGCGCAGCUUUGUAAACCGACCGCCGUUGAUCGUCGAUUGUAUCGCAUCAUUCCGAAAAAAGCACACCUCCGUUUUUCGGUUCCUCGUUCGGACCUUAAAAGGUCCGAUUUCAAAUAAGCACAUAUAGAAAUAUAAGAUAAUCAUGUGUUUUUUUGGCCCCCAAAAAAACAGUGAUAAUAACUGUCAUAAAGGAGGGGGGGGGGGGGGGGAUAGUGCUAACUGUCCAGAAAACAUGCUAGUCCCGCGCUACCGGUGUUGUGCCAAGAUUUUCUCCAGUUAGUAAACGCUCUUACGCCCUUACGUCCGGCUUCUGAGCUUCGCCGUGACAAAGUGUGUCCGACAAUGAGUGCAAAAUACCACAAAAUUCCACAAAAUUCCACAAAAUUCCAUAAAAUUCCGCAAAAUUCCACAAAUAUUCUGCAAAUAUUCCGCAAAUAUUCCGAAUGGCGGUAAACCGUUUGUUGAUCUCAAAGACGAAAACAUGAGCUUAUUUUUAUUGGGGCCCAAAAAAAUAUGGUGAUAAUAACUGUCAUGAAGGAGGGG